CUCCAAUGGUCGCUGCUUCUCCGACAUCAUGUAGCCCUCUGCAUACAUCUUCCUAGAUAGUGCCACAAGUUGUCUCGAUAAUCUGGUCAAGCAUGACAGAGCGGGAACAAAGCGACUCCGACGGCGAACCGUCAGGGAUCGUCGCCCCUGGGGCGCUCUUGCUGAGUCACUUCUCACUGAUGUCCCUCGGAAGAGCCGCGAUUCCCCUGACAAAUACCACCGAACUUUAUGGCUUGCUUUGGCCACUGUGCAUAUCACGCACGCCUUGACAGAGCGACACAGGUCUGGACAGCAGGCACUCGGUUUCUAGCAUGUUCAUCCGUGCCUAAUUCCGCCGAGCUUGCUUAGGCUGCCUUCACAUCUAGGAUUUAAUUCGGCCGCGACCCGGGCAGCGGUACUGGUUUGACACUCCGGGUUGCAAGUCUCGCCCGCAAGAGGCACAAGGGCCGUGGGAAGGAAAGAUUGAACACUGCUCUUCUGGGUCGAGCAAGAUGUGUGCUUGUAAAGCAGUCGUGCACUUUUGCUCCAGUCAAAUUACCUACUGUCAGAGUGCCCUUCGAAGAAACGGGCACGCAUGAAAGCUGGAAGGAGAUUGAAAUCGUCAAUAAAAUCUGGCCGAUU